AUGAGCUCCCAGCCGCGCCUACGACCUGCGAUCUUGAUUAUUAGCGAUACAGCCGCAGCAGAUCCAGCGACCGACAAGGCUGCUCCAAUUUUAAGGGACACUUUCUCCGAAGAUGGAGCUGGGAAAUGGGCAGAGCCAAUCAUUGAAAUUGUGAGAGACGAUAUACUGGAGAUACAACGUAUCGUACGGUCUUGGACUGACACCGAGGAUGCAACAUCCGGACCCGUUAAUUUGGUCAUCACAACUGGAGGGACUGGAUUUGCCCGGCGAGACUUUACACCUGAAGCAAUCAGUCCUCUGAUACAUCGACAUGCGCCGGGAAUCGUGCACGGAAUGCUGUCUGCUUCUUUUCAGGUAACACCAUUUGCAAUGAUGUCGAGACCGGUGGCUGGGGUUCGUAACAGGACUAUCAUCGUAACGUUGCCUGGCUCACCCAAAGGUGCCAAAGAAAACCUUCAGGCUGUCUUGAAACUCCUUCCACACGCAUGUCUACAGGCAGCUGGUGAAGAUUCACGGCAAGCUCACGUUGGCGGUGUCAAAAAGCUCGAAAAAGAUGCUGGAGUUUCAGCCUCAUCAAACUCUUCAACAUCAGCAAGUCAUGAUCACUCUCACCACCACCACCAUCACGAUCAUGACCACAGUCAUGGAGGACACAAAGUCCCCAAAGCUCAUACGAGUCCUUCGGAACGACCUCAGUCUAACGACCCUCGUCUAGGAGCUACAGCACGGGCGCGAAGUUCUCCGUACCCGAUGCUUUCUGUCCCUGACGCGGUCGCCAAGAUCCUGCAACAUUCACCCGCUCCAAUAACCGAAACGAGGGAUGUGAGUCCAGACUUGAUUGGCUAUGUGAUUGCCGAAGACGUCAAGGCAGCCGAAGCUGUUCCUGCUUAUCGCGCGAGUAUAGUUGACGGAUAUGCUGUGAUCGUUCCUUCUGAAGAGGAAAAAUCAAAUGCGACGGGCCUGAAAGGCGUCUACCCCGUGGCAUCCGUUUCACAUGCUCAGGCUGCGUCGCUCCCACCACCGUUGCAAGUCGGGCAGAUAGCGCGCAUCACCACGGGGGCACCAUUGCCUGAGCACGCUAAUGCGGUAGUCAUGGUGGAAGACACCACCAUCGCCUCAUUGACUGACGACAAGAAGGAAGAGGCCACUGUUGAAAUCCUCACAUCUGAACUAUCCGUGGGUGAGAACAUCCGAGAGCCCGGCUCCGAUAUCAAGCUCGGGGAGCUCGUCAUCACCAAAGGCACACGAAUCAGUGCUCUGGGAGGUGAAAUCGGCGUGCUGGCAGCAGCGGGAAUCCAGGAGGUGGCUGUCUACCGCAAGCCUCGAAUCGGUGUAAUGAGCACUGGCGACGAAGUCACCGACACCUCGUACACAGGUUCUCUGAGUGGCGGCAUGAUUCGUGAUUCCAACAGGCCUUCAUUAUUGACUCUCCUCCGAGGGUGGAACCUGGCGUCAGAGGUCGUUGACCUGCAGGUAGCGCGGGACACGCCGACAAAUGAGCUCGAGGAGAAACUCCGGGAGGGCUAUCGGCUUCACGACCUGGACAUCAUCGUCACCACGGGUGGCGUUAGCAUGGGUGAGCUCGAUCUUCUGAAACCGACUGUCGAGCGUGCCCUUGGCGGUGAAGUGCAUUUCGGGCGUGUUAGCAUGAAACCCGGGAAACCAACCACGUUCGCCAGCGUGCCGUUCAAGGAGUCCUCAUCCUCUGCAUCUCCAGGUCACGGCUCCCGUUCCACCCGCCUGAUCUUCGGGCUGCCGGGAAAUCCUGCUAGCGCCCUCGUCACAGCGAAUCUUUUCUUGUUGCCAUGCGUGCAGCGCAUUGCUGGUCUGUCCGGUAAAGGCCUUGAGCGUGUCAUCGUCAAGGUCUCCACCCGCAUACGCUGCGAUAAAUCCCGCACUGAGUAUCACCGUGUGACAGUGACCUUUGACAAAGCACGUGGCGGCCUCUUAGCAAAGAGCACCGGUAUGCAGAGGAGUAGCCGUGUGGGAAGUCUUGCGAGUGCGAAUGCAUUGUUGGAAUUACCCUUGAAAGAUGGGUUCCUAGAGAUAGGUGAUGACUGUGAUGCAUUGCUGAUGGGUCCAAUCUGGGGCGUGUGA